AUGGAUGAUAAUAACACCAAUGGAAAUCAAAGCUCAAAUGGGGCCUCAGACUCUGGAGGUGUCCUCCACAAGAAUGAUGUCCACAUCCUCACUGGGGUCCUCUGCUUCACCCUCCUCACGUUCACACUGCUGGGCGUCCUGUGUCUCAGAAAAUAUCGCUCUUUGGUUCGUACCGUUCGAGAGCUGGAGGCGAGCAAGUUCGUGCUGCGCCCUGUACCUUGGCAAGAGGCUCCCAUCAUGCCUGUGAGGGAGGCCACGGCAGCGGAGGAGGAGCACAAGGAGCUUCCUCUCAGGACUCCCCUGCAGCAAAGAAGCACCUUCAGGUGCUCAUCCAGGAGGCUGUGGAGAGGCCUGCAGCAGGCUCCUCGCUUCACUAAGUCAGAUCUGAACCUGCUGCAGCUGAUCAAAGCGGGAAAGGAGGGCGCCUUCUACCAGGCCAGGAUGACCAGAGGGACGUGUAAAGGCCACAAUAUGUUCACGUGCAAGAUCAGCAAGGAAGGUGUCCGUCCUAAACAUUUGGACGUGGAAGUUUCCAUCAUGAGGAAACUGAUGCAUCACAAGAACAUCCUGCAGUUACUGGACUGGAGCACCACUGAGGAGCCUUACAUUCUGAUCAUGGAGUACGUGAGCUAUGGCACUCUGAGGACCUUCCUGCAGAGCAACAGAGAGCACCUGAGUGCAGAUCCUGAGCUGCAGAGCCUCCUCACCAUCGCCUCUUACCACAUCGCUCUAGCUAUGCACCACUUGCGCUCCAAAAUGAUUGUGCACUGUGACUUGGCUCUGAGGAACAUCAUGGUCAAUAAGUUUCCUUGGGAGGUGAAAGUGGCAGAGUUCGGCCUCGCCCGAGACUUGUCGUGCAUUAAAAGUCGCCACAGCAGCCGCUGGAGAAACCCGCGGGACAUUGGACUUUAUGAGCUGACACGUUUUUGA